ACGAAACCGAGGCUGAAAGCCCGGAGCAUUUGAUUAUUUUAUCUCACUUUCAAACAGAAACGGUACAGGAAAGAGAGAAAAAUUAUCUCAGAAAAGAGGGUUCGUUAUUAUUUUUUUUUUCAUCGGAAUUAUAUAUAUAUCAGGAGACUACUAAAUAGUGAAUACUUUUUAGUUUAAGCGGAAUUAGAGACAAUUUUUGAGUUGUCAUCUAACAACUUAAAUCUUACCAAAUAAAAAUUAAAUAACCUGAGUGUAACUCACAGACUUCAGAUCAACAUUAAAUCUUCAGCCUACAGUUUCCAGAACCACUCAUUCUGCUUACCAUGAAAUGGACGAUGAGUCGGAAACCCUCUAACUCGGUUUCCGAUGACACAGACGCAAACUCUCAUGUUACAUAUACAGUGCUUCAAAAUUCAGUGAUCCAAGAAAAUCCGCUCAGUAAAAAACGCAAGCUCAGUGGAUCAUCAUUAACAGACUUUCCAUCUUCAUAUACCAACAUUUCUGACCAAAUGUGCAAUGUGCGGAAAGUCCACACCGCAGUUCAGCGCACUCCUCAAAAUGCGGUUAAACGGACUCAUUUGAAUAGGAAAGAUCUGAGUAUGCUGCGUGUUCAAAUUGCAAUGAUUUCUGACAAUGACGGAGAUAGACCAAUUCACGUCGCUGUUGCUCAAGAAAAUCUUAAAUUAGUCCAAAAGCUGUGUGCUCUUAUGUUAAAAGCAUCUAUACCUUUAGAUAUCACGAAUUACCUUCGACAAACUCCUCUUCACUUGGCAGUGAUGUUAGGUAACUCUGAGAUAGUUGAGCUGCUCUUGAAGUGUGGUUCUUCGAUCACUCUGAGGGACAGAAAUGGCAACUCAGCGGUCCACUUGGCAGUAAAAUCAUCUGCUAACAAAAAUGUACUGGACCUUAUUCUCUCGCAUCCAGACACCAAAGCUAUCCAAGAUUCACUGGAUCACGAAGGUUACAGCGCUCUUCAUUAUGCAGUCUUUAAAAAUAACAGAACAGCUGUUCGAUGUCUUCAUACGGUUGGAGCGGAAAUGAACGUCAUUGAUGGGAAAAGUGGUAGAUCCCCUCUCAUUCAUGCUAUCCUGAACCAGAACGAGGAUAUGGUCCGGCUCCUUCUGGAAUGCAACGCGAACGCAGACAUUGCCGACUACUCUGGAAGGACAGCAUUCGAAUUAGCUUUGCAUGCAUCAACAAAAAACAUCGUCCGGAUUCUCGAAGGUCGUUUGUUUACAGACGACCUCGCUAAAACUCUGGAAGACGACAGCCCGAAAGCCUCUAAAAAGACUGCAGGACGUUCGAAAAGGGGUAGCAAAAGCAAGAAAACUGAGGAUCUGAGGACGAACUGAAUCAUAUUAUUAUAAAAGCUAUAAAUCAUGAAUUGUUCUAUAACCGAGAUUAAAUGAAUUUGUGUUCUUAAAAGCAUUCGUUUGUGCAAGUCUAGCAUUGGGGCAUUUUCCGGAUGAUAUUUCUAGUCAUCAGUAGUAGGGUUUCGAAAAUUCAAAUUAAGUUUUGUAAUAGAUCGUUGAAUAAGAGUGGUGUAUGAGUUCAUGGACUAAGAAGAAUAUACAAGAAGUUCUCGGAAUGGAAAAAUAUUGUUGGAUGAAUUAAGUUCCAGACAUUAGAUUCGAAACAAGUGAUCAGAGAAAUGUGCUGCCUUGAAACUUAGAAGUCUAAAUGAGAACAACUUGAUACAAUCUUCCGUCCUUUAUAAUUCUACAAACAUUUCUUUGGACCCAAAAUCUCACUGAUAUUUUGUACACAGAGAAAAAAGAAAAUGGUGUUCAUUUCCUGAGUCAGAUUCCAAAUAACUAUCUGUUGUGAAUUAAAAUGUCAUUUUUUUUUCCUUGGUAAAAUACUUAUUAAUUAAUACAAGAAUACCAAAAGUUUGAUAAAUCCUCUUACGCCGUUAUAAGACGAGGUGUCCAGAAAAAUCGAUUUAAUUCAUUCUUAAAACUUCAUUUAAUUCGUAUAGAUAUCCUGUUUAUGAAAAUACACGUUUCUUCUUACUGGACAUGCAAAUAAUACAAUUUCUAUUGUGAAUGAAGCAGCCAAAGCUAAAUAUAAACUAUCAUCUCAAUAAUAUUUUUAUAUCAAAAUCGGAAAUUCUUUUUUAUAAAAUUGUUAUUAAAAGACAAAAAUAAUCCAACAUUUUUUUAAAGAAUUUCUCAACUUCUAUAAAUCUUAUUUUAAAGAAUUAUUUGUAACAUCUUUUUUAUUAAUUAAACAAAUUUGUAAUAUAAAUAUCUGAUCAAAUUCAUGCAAAAUGAUCUACUUAUUAAUUUUUUUAAAAAUAAUCGUGAAUUCUAUGUUUUUAUUUUUCUUCUUUUAUAGUUUUCCGGAAUUAAGUUAUUCGGAUAAAUAGAAGGCAGUAGUUUCAAUUGCAGUUAAAAGAUAGAAGAAUUAUACGCGGUUAGCUAGCUUUUAAUUCAGAAGAGGAAACUUGCUAAUUAUUGUUAAUUCAUUAUAACGGACUUGAUCCGAUAUAGAGUCUGAAAAGUAUCUUGGACAAUGGUUUUUGCUUUUGAUGACAGAUUAUUAACAAUAUAUAUGAGACAGAUCAAUCGAUAGAUUUAGAAUGGUUUCUUUUAAUAAUAUGAACGAUGAUAGGCAAUGGUUCCCAUCACCAACAGGGUCAUGGAUUGCGAGUGGAAUAUAAAUUAAAAAGUUCUAUUUAUGUAAAUUAUAUUUUACUCGUUUUAUUCGCCGAAUCAUCUUAUACUUUGUUUAUUCAUCGAAAGAAACCGUCAACUAUUUCCGCCCAUAUAACUUCUGUACGGUUUUGAAAUUUAGAGGGGGGGGGGAGGAA